GUAAAAUAAGAAGAUACAAGAUGGAAAUGACAACCAGUUAUCGUUAUGAGAGUGAAGUGCCGAGAGCUGCAGCGCUACACAGAGCAUUGGCACGACAGAAUGCAAGCAUCAGAGCUACUGAGACAUUAGCUGCUGACAAGGCUGCUAUUAAGGAAACAUUCCUCAAGUGUCAGAUAGCACAGUGGAACGAAGUAGCAGAAGAGGCUACCGAGAGGAAAAUAUUAAAGAGAUACAAAGAAACUCUUGACCAAGAGUUGCGCUCAGCAAAGUCACAACUCAUGACCUCUAGAAGAGUGAACUUGCGGCGCUUACUUGACAGUGAGAGGGUGCAGUAUGGGGCAGAGUUAGAAGCACUGGGUCUCACUUACAAACAGUGUAGACUAUAAGAGCUUACCUGAUAGUCUUACAUUUGCUCCUCCUUACGACACAGUAGAGACUAUAAGAGCUUACCUGAUAGUCUUACAUCUGCUCCUCCUUACGACGCGGGAGACUUUUUGUUUGUGUUGGAGAAGCAUAAAAAAUAACUACAGUCUGCAUUUGUUUGUGUUUUUGUUUAUUCUGAUUGUGAACAGCUCGUACAGAGAUGGUUAUUGAGUUAUUAUCAGGAUUUAAAGGAUUAUCCCCGUUCAAAGACGCAACUGUAGACGACAGCUGGGACCAGAUAAACAGGUGUUAUGUGUUCCUAGCGAUGGUACUGAUGGGGGCAGUAACCACUAUGAGACAGUAUUCUGGAACCCUUAUCGCGUGUGACGGGUUCAGUAAGUUUCACCCUCAGUUUGCAGAGGACUAUUGCUGGAGUUUAGGAAUGUAUACUGUGCGUGAGGCGUACGAUCUGCCGGCCAGCAUGGUGCCCUACCCUGGAGUUCUACCAUCAGAUCUGCCCGCAUGUGUGCCGCGUCUCUUGAAGAACGGUACAUUAACAAAGUGUGGCAGUGAGAAAGAUGUCCUGCCAGCAGACAGGAUAUUUCACUUGUGGUACCAGUGGGCUAGUUUUUACUUCUGGAUUGUUGCUAUUCUCUACUACACACCUUACAUAAUGUUCAAACAGUUGGGAGGGUCCGAGUAUAAGCCGCUUAUAAAGCUGCUAUGUCUCGCCUCCUCCGCCAGUGAAAAACACAUGGAGGAGAUACAAGAGCGAGUGGUCAACUGGCUGUUCUUCAGAUUUAAAACUUACAUAUUCGACAAGGGUUACUACGCCUGGCUGCGAAAGAACAGCUUCAGUCUGGUAAUCGGAGUAACCAAGCUCUCCUACCUUCUCAUAACAGUUGCUGUGUUCUACCUGACAGGCUUCAUGUUUGAGUACGGCAAUAACACAUGGUACCGGUACGGUGCUGACUGGUACGGUACCAGGUUCUCUCCUUAUAUGGAUGUUAACAAUUCCAUCACUCUCAAUAAAGACAUUCUCUUUCCUAAGAUGGUGGCAUGUGAGAUUAAGAGAUGGGGUCCCUCUGGGAUAGAGGUGGAGACAGCACAGUGUGUUCUCGCUCCUAAUGUUCUUUAUCAGUACCUCUUCCUUUUCACCUGGUACCUCUUGGUAGCUGUGUUCUUUGCUAACCUCAUCAGUUGUUUCCUCCACAUUUCUGAGAUGUUUUUCUCCAAUGGUACCUACAACAGGAUGAUUGACCAAGGAAUGUUGCCCAAUAAACCCAUGUACAGGUUUGUCUUCAUGAACAUUGGAGCUGGAGGAAGGGAGAUUGUACAGAUUCUCACGGAUAACUCCAACCCUCUUCUUUUCAGUAAGAUCUUCAACGAUCUGACAAGCAUGUUGAUUACCACUGCUAAGAAUGAUGAUGUUGUUGAGAACCUAAACACUAAGACUGAGACGUCUGUUAUCGAGUUUGAGAGCAAUGAUUCGCUCUAAUUGAUCAUACUUGAGAUACCUUACUAUUAACCAUGGUUUCUUUUAAACAUUAUAUUUUGACUGCCCUGCAGUUUAGCUCAUUUUAGCUCAUUUUAGCCCAUUUUAGUGCAUUUAAGUGCAUUUUACGUAAUUGUGUGUAAUCUGACCGUUGAUUUCGUUUAAACAUUUAAAUUUCAUUGUUCCUCGUAGUAUUUUAUUCAAAUACAUUUAUAUUAAUCAUUUUAUGUUUUAUCAUUGUAUCAGAUGUUUCUUAUUUUGUAUC